UUUCCCUAUGACUAUACUUCACCCUUCUACUUUAUAUUAACCCUUAUACUCACCGUUUUGCUUGUGCAAUUCUGUUCGAACUCCAUAAUCAUUGUGGAUGGUCUGUUCGGUUGGUUCGUUUACAAUAUCUCGGCACAUCUGCAAAUUAUGCGCCUAAAGUUGGAACAGCUUUUACAAUUGCACGUAGAGGAUCCGAACUUUAAUCGUGAUUUCGUAGCUUUCGUCAAUUAUCAUCGAGAAAUUAUCGACUUGACUUUGGAGCUUGAUGCUGUUUAUGCGCCAAUCAUAUUCUUGGAAGUUACGUCUUCGUCCUUGCCGAUCUGUUUUUUUGCCUAUCAAUUGUCCUACCUAUCCGACCCGGCGAAUGUGCCCUUCAUAUGUCUGCUGUUGGCGUCCAUUGUACUUCAAUUGAUGAUUUAUUGCUUUGGCGGUGAGAAAGUGAAAAAUGAGUGCGAACAACUCUCUGAAAAUAUUUACUUGCUAAUACCAUGGCAGAACCUGCCACCAAAAUAUUGCCGUCUGUUACUAACCCCGUUUAUUCACUCGCAGCGUGUUUUAGUCUUGACCGGCUACUUCUUCACAGCCAAUCGCAGUCUACUUGUAUGGAUAUUCAAAACCGCAGGCUCAAUCACUGCCAUGUUAUUUGCAUGGAAAGAAAAAAAGGUGGUGUAA